GCAGCGGCUGCCGCGCCUGUGGCGCCGCCGCCGCUCGGCCCGUACAUGGACCUGGAGACGGAGUCGGUGGUGGUGCGCAGUGAGCCGCUGGUCAACCUGUACUACAACCCGCAGAGCUCCACGGCCGGCCAGAUCUCCGUGGAGAACCCGUGCACCCAGCCGGGCAUGUCCGGGCAGCGUGCCGGCCAGUGUCGCACCACCUUCGCCGAGAGGGCGAUGCUGUUGUCAUGCGGCUCGGCCCAGGAGCCGGACGGUGCGGAGCCAGACGGCCAGCCGGAACCGUCGACCCAGUGCAUGGACAGCGACAGGCAGCCGCGUGUGUACAGGAGGUACACCGGACACCGCAACGCCAGGACAAUGAUCAAGGAGGCCAACUUCUGGGGCGACGACCACGUGGUGUCGGGCUCUGACUGCGGUCACGUGUUCAUCUGGGACCGGCACAGCGGCCGGCUGGUCACCAUUCUGGAGGCAGACCGACACGUGGUCAACUGCGUGCAGCCACACCCGCUGGACCCCGUGCUGGCCACGUCCGGCAUCGACUACGACAUCAAGCUGUGGGCGCCGCUGGCCGAGCAGCCCACCCUGGACCGGCAGCGGGCCGAGGAGCUGAUGGCGAGGAACCAGGUGAUGCUGGAGGAGACCCGCGACACCAUCACCGUGCCGGCCUCCUUCAUGAUCCGCAUGCUGGCCUCGCUCUCGCGCCGAGGACGCCAGGGCGGGCAGGAGUCGUGAGCCUGCGUCGGAGCGGCUUCACCGGCGGGGCGGCGGGACGGCGGCCG